AUGGAUAAGCAAUAAUUAUUUGCUGAAUGCAUUCGCAUUCUUCAAAUUACACCAAUACGUAGAAGCCCUGAAGAACUUAACCAUCUUUUAAUCUUUGCACUCACCAUAACUUUUUUUAGAGAACUUGGUGAAUAAUCGCUUGAAAUGCUUCAUCGUUGCAUAUAAGUACUAUCAUAUCGAACUAUUAAAUCAGGAGAUGUAAAAUAUAAUCAUAAUCUAUUUAGAUACUCUUUAAAGUAGGAGAUUCAGGAAGUCUUUUCUAUGUUAUUUUAAAAGGAUCUGUGGGUAUUAAUAUUCGAUUGCCUAAUCCAGAUGAUCCUCAAUAAUUUGAGCUAAAAGAAGUAAAUAUAUUGAAAGCUGGAGCAAGUUUUGGAGAGCUAGCUCUAAUAAAUGAUGCUAAAAGAACUGCUACAAUUGUAGCAAAAGAAGAUUGUGUUUUUGCAGUGAUGGAAAAACAUCACUAUAAAUCUAUCUUAGGAGCCUAAGAAAUUGCAAAAAUUUAAAAUAAGAUUUCCUUCCUUUGUUCUUUUCCAUUUUUUAGUUCUUGGUCUUUUAGAGAAAUAAAAACAAUCAGUUAUCACUUUGAACCUGUUACAGUGACUCUUAAUUAAGCAAUUAUUAAAUAGAAUGAGUACUGCAAUCAUUUUUAUGUGGUAAGAGAUGGUGAAUUUUAGGUUCAAUUCUCUUAUAAAAACAAGUUAUGUAGUAUGUAUUAGAUUAUAUAUUUAUAAUUAGAUGCACUUUAGGGCCAGGGGAAUCUUUUGGAUAAGAAGCAUUCUUGAGUAAAGAAGGCCAAUUUUUGAUCAAAUCCUCCAUAUUUGUUUAGUGGGGGAAAACAAAAUAUGAUAUAGUUUGUAAAAGUGAAAUUGGAGUUGCUUAUAAAAUCACAAGAGAAGAUAUUUAGAAGUAAGAUUAUAUAAUUAUGAAGAGACGUUUCUGGGAUAGCAAAACGUAGGUUGUCUUUUUGUAAUUGCUAUCAUCUAUUCAUCAUUUCAGAUCAAUUAAAGCAGAAGAGUUGAUUAAAGAAAUUGAUAAUAAAAGAAAGAAACUUGAAGAACAGAUACAUUUACCAAUACCUUUAAAAAAAAGCUAUGUUCAAAAAUAUAAUCUAUUAUCUUAAAGAAAUACAAAUGAUGAUCUUUUAAAGGACAAAUAGUAUGAUGAAUUUAAAUAACAAGAAAAAUAAGCAAUAGAAUAAUUUACAAAAUUACUCAAAGAUAGAAAUUGUUCUUAUGCUUAAGUCAAAACAUUUUUUGAUCAAAAAAAAUUCGUUUCCCAAAAUUACUUUAAAAAAAGAUUCUACCAUCGAUAAUUUUUCCGAUUUGCUAGCAAUAAUGAUAAAUUUCGAAAAUCAGCAAAUGAAUAAGAAUUAGAGUAGAUGAAUGGAAUGCUUACUCAAUGUUACAAUUAAUAAAAUGAACUGAACAUUAAUAAUUCUUAAUAAUUCAAUCAUCAUAAGGUUUUGAGUAGCCCAACAACAAUGGGAAAGUUUAUCAAAAGAAUAAAACUGAAAGUGGCUACGCAUUAAAAGAAUGAAGAUACUUAAACCAUUAUUAAUAUUCGAACUCAUAGCCCUAAUUCAUAUCGAAGCAUGAAUAGUAGGAGAAUGAAAACUUUUAUUGAUUGA